CCUAACCUCUAAAAAUUUCGGAGCAGUCACAUGGUAACACGCAUGUCGCAUUCGUGAAAGGAGAGUGCAUUCACUUUCACGGCGAAUGAUUAUCAAGCGCUGUUUGCAUCAUAUCGCGCGUAGGUUAGCGGCGCACCAUCUAACCUGCAACGUUCCGCUCGCAAAACCACUUGUCAAAAGCGUCGCGACCACCGCCAACCUUCUUGAUUUCAGUCGGUGGGGUACGAAGAAAAAGAACAGAAAACUAAAAAUCUCCCUUGCGCUCGAUAUGGCAGAUCCGAAGAUCGAGGAAGUCUUGGCACCGCUUCGCGUCAGUGUCAAGGAACAAGGUGACUACGUACGAAAACUAAAGUCUGAUGGCGCUCCGGAAUUGGAUAUCAAAAAGGCUGUUGCGGAAUUGAAGCUACGCAAAAAAGUAUUGGAGGACAAGGAGCUCUCGCUUGCUUCCAACAAUAUAACAUUUGACAGAGCGAGAAUGGAAGAUCUUUUGAAGCGUAGAUUUUACUUGGAUCAAUCUUUUGCGAUUUACGGAGGUAUCACUGGUCAGUACGACUUUGGACCGAUGGGCUGUUCAUUGAAAACAAACUUGCUGAAUGCCUGGAGAAACUUCUUCGUGCUGGAGGAGCAAAUGUUGGAAGUUGAUUGUUCCAUCUUGACACCAGAGCCUGUGCUCAAAACGUCUGGUCACGUGGAACGAUUUGCUGAUUUGAUGGUUAAGGAUGUGAAGACCGGCGAAUGCUUCCGGUUGGAUCAUCUGAUCAAAGCGCACUUGGAAAAACUAAUCUGCGACAAGAAGACGGACGAAAGAACCCGCGAGGAGUGCAGAGACAUUAUAAUCAAGUUGGAUGGUAUGACGAAGGAUGAGAUGGCCACGAUUUUGUCGAAGUACAACAUGAAAUCGCCCGUUUCUGGUAACGAUUUGACAGAACCGAUAGAAUUUAAUCUGAUGUUCGGCACGCAGAUCGGCCCGACCGGACUCAUCAAGGGUUUUUUGAGACCGGAAACGGCUCAAGGUAUCUUCGUGAAUUUCAAGAGAUUGCUCGCGUUCAAUCAGGAACGACUACCGUUUGCUGCAGCGCAGAUUGGCAAUGCUUUCAGGAACGAGAUUUCACCGCGAUCCGGACUCAUACGCGUGCGAGAGUUCACCAUGGCGGAGAUAGAACAUUUCUGCGAUCCGAGCGAUAAGAGUCAUUCUAAGUUCGAGCAAGUCAAAGAUAUCAACAUGCUACUGUAUUCGGCGUGCAAUCAGAUGGAUGGUAAGAGCGCUCAGCGAAUCACUAUCGGUGAAGCCGUCUCGUCUGGGUUGGUGGCGAACGAGACACUGGGAUACUUCAUGGCUAGGAUUCACCAGUUCUUGCUGAAGGUCGGCAUUGACUCGAAUCGCCUACGCUUCCGUCAACAUAUGAACAACGAAAUGGCGCAUUACGCCUGCGAUUGCUGGGACGCCGAGUGCCUGACCUCGUAUGGGUGGAUCGAGUGCGUGGGUUGCGCCGACCGGUCCGCUUACGACUUAACGCAGCACACCAAGGCAACUGGUGUGAAGCUGGUGGCAGAGAAGAAAUUACCCGCUCCGAAAACGGUGGAUGUUUGCGAGAUCGUGCCGAACAAGGUGCUGAUCGGCAAGACGUUUAAGAAAGACAGCAAAGCUGUUCAAGAUGCAUUGGCGGCAUUAAGCAAAGACGAGAUCGAGUCCUUGGAAAAAACUCUAGAAGAGUAUGGCAGUCGCGAGCUGACGCUGUUCAACGAGACUGUCGCGAACAUCACCAAGGAUAUGAUAGAGGUAAAACGUUACCAAAAGACCGUUCAUGUGGAGGAAAUUAUACCUUCGGUGAUCGAACCCUCCUUUGGCAUCGGUCGUAUCAUGUACGCUCUGUUCGAGCACAAUUUCAAGGCGAGAGAGGGUGACGAAAAGAGAACGUACUUUGCUUUGCCGCCAGUAAUAGCGCCGUUGAAGUGUUCGGUGCUACCUCUUAGCGGUAACGACGAAUUUGUACCUUUUGUAAAGAAACUAUCACAAAAUCUUACAAGAGCGGACGUAUCGCACAAAGUAGACGAUUCCUCCGGCAGUAUCGGACGCAGAUACGCUCGCACUGACGAAAUAGCGAUACCGUUUGGCAUUACUAUCGAUUUCGACACACUGAAGACGCCGCACAGCGCUACGCUCAGGGACAGAGAUAGCAUGGGACAAGUCAGAAUAAACUUGGACGAGUUGCCUGGUGUUGUGAGAGAUCUUUCUUAUGGAAAAAUCACUUGGGCGGAAGUAGAAGCAAAGUAUCCCAAGUUCGAACAACAAGAAUCGACAGAAUCUUAGGAAAUAUUGAUAGGUAUUUGAAUAAUUUAUUUGUAACAUAUAUAUAGACGUGUGAGAAAUGUUUAUAUAAGCGCAAGUGUUUUAUACGUUUAAUCUCAAGAUGCCUGUAUCUAGUAAAUAUGACAGAUAAGUGCUACUUCUCAUUUCGACAGUUUAUCGAUCACAAUCAAGUCACUUGCAUUUUUCGAAGGCAUUUAUUAUGUAUUAUAUACAUACGUACUAUUAUGUGUAAGAACCUUUAUGAAACAUCAGAUAAAAAAAAAAUAAACAUUUGUUUUUCAUUAUUUCAA